AUGUUCACCGGGCGACUAAAAUCUGAAAUUCCUCCCAUUUUACGUUCAAUGUGCUCUGCCAUUAUUAACGCGAACUGUCACAUAACAGAAUUGGACCUGUCUGACAACGCAUUCGGACCCAUUGGAGCCGAAGGAAUUGCACAAUUCUUGACUUCGAAAUCUGCAUAUUCACUUCAAGUUCUAAAGUUGAAUAACAAUGGGCUUGGCGCCGGAGGAAAAAGAAUUGCAAAGUGCUUACGUGAGUGCCACGGGAACGCCUUUAGAGAUGGUUAUGAGUUCAAAUUGAAAACAUUUAUUGCUGGAAGAAACCGUCUGGAGGAUCCCGGAGCUAUAGCCUUGGCUGAAGCGUUUGAGAACCUAGGUACUCUCGAGGAAGUCGUCAUACCACAAAAUGGUAUCCGUGCAGCAGGAAUUUGUGCUCUAGCACGCUCAUUUCGAUCGAAUCCUUCACUUCGAAUAAUUAACGUCAACGACAAUACGUGUACGGUCGAGGGAGCUUUGGCACUAGCUGAUGUUCUUGAAGAUCUCACUCACCUUGAAGUCCUUGAUCUUGGUGACAGCUUAUGCAGAGAUGACGGAAUUGUGAACAUCUGUGAAGCGCUUCAACGUCACUUCAAACUACAGUAUGUAGACUUCUCUGGCAAUGAGUUAUCAGCUGAAACUGGAGAAUCAGUCGUUACAAUGUGGAAGGAAGUUUUCCUAGCCGAAGGCCAAGUUGUAAAGUUGAAGAUGACGAAUAACUGCUUUGGAUCACGAUUCUAUGAUAUAAAAGAGAUGGCUGAAGGUACUCCUAUCGAUCUUGGCGAAAGCGACGAUGAUGAAGGGACUUUGUCCGAGUGCUCUGAUGAGUUUGUUGAGUCAGAAAACGACAGCGAGGAUGAAGAGGAGGACUACGACGAUGAAGAAGAAGAUUUGCAAGCAGGAGGUGAUAGAAAUGAUGAAGAUGAUGGAGGAGACCUCAGCGAUUUGCUGAAUAGCAUGGGUGACAUGAAAUUCACGGAGCCUCAAGGCAGAGAAGUUGAUGAUGUCGUGUCGUUCCUCAAUCAGCAAUUGAAGCUCGACACCGCCCAGGAUGCUGAGCCCGUUGCUCGACGAAUUGAACAACAGGCUUGCAUGAGAGUGCUUGAUCUUCGCGGUAACACUCUUGGCAUUGAAUCUGGGAAUCGAAUCGCAGAAGCCAUUAAGCGGCAUCCUGAGUUGCAAGCUUUGCCUUUGCUUCCCAAAUUAGAAGUGCUGAAUCUUGGAGACUGUUUAUGUCGGGAUCAAGGCUGUCAUGCAAUCGUUGACGCUCUGUCACCAACGGUGCACAAAGCUUUGAAGGAACUGGAUUUGUCUGGAGCUGAGCUGAGUGGGGCGGCUGCAAUGCAGAUUGUCGAAAAGUGGAAGAAAUUCCCCUCAACCACUCGGCUUACUAUUUCAUCAAACAAUUUCGGUGGAGUGUUUGAGCAAUUACGAGGAAUGGCUGGGCAAAACAUCGUUGUUGGAGAUUCGGAUGAUGACCAAGGUUCCCUCAGCUCAGACGAAGGCGAGAGAAUGAGUGCUGAAGAGACUGACGAUGAAGACGACGUGAAGGGAGAG